AUGGGUGGACCUAUGCACUGCAUAUUCUGUUUCUACACAGUGGGAGCCCUCUUGCUGGUACUGUUCUUAAUCAGUUGUGAAGUAGUCAACAACAUGCUGGUUAAUACUGGGAUACAAAAAUUGAUACAAUCACCUGUGUCCGUAUGGGCUGAUAAAACUGCUCAAGUUCCAGACUCAGAUGAACAGUUUCCACAAGACUUGCAGUCUGAAAACAUUACUUUUUAUAGCCCUCCCAAGAAAAUCAAAAAGGAGCAACAGUAUCAAUAUAAUAGUGAUGGACAAUGCCUUUAUGCUGAUGCCCAUCAACAUGGCAUCAUUUCUUCAAAGCAAGGUGAUCAAAGGUCACAGCUCCACUACUUCUCUAUAGAAAGCAGAAGACUUGGCAAUGAACAUGGCUCUAUCCAGCAUGCUCCAGCUGAGGAGUAUUUCUCAGAACAUAGGUCCCAGUAUACACAGCCAAUAGAAGUAUGCCAACCAUUCCCAUCUUUUCAUAUGAGUAGAGAAUCCUCUAAUAAUUACUGUUCUCAAAUAUCGGAACCAUGCCUCCAGUAUAUGCAGCAAGGUUUUAAAGAAAAUUAUCAUGACCCUCUGUGUGAUGAGACAAAUAAUUUGGGUAAACAGACGACCCACCCAUACCAUUUAAAUGUGGUCAUCAAGCAAGAACACAUGGACUAUUCAUAUGAUUCAGCAGGAGAUAUAAAACAAGAAGUGGUAACCUACAGAGAGAGGCCAUAUCAGCGUCGAGGUUCUUUGCAACUAUGGCAGUUUCUUGUGGCUUUGCUAGACAAUCCAACAAAUUCCAACUUUAUUGCAUGGACAGGGAGAGGCAUGGAGUUCAAACUGAUUGAGCCAGAAGAGGUUGCAAGACUUUGGGGCAUGCAGAAAAACCGUCCAGCCAUGAACUAUGAUAAACUCAGCCGGUCUCUGCGUUACUAUUAUGAGAAAGGCAUUAUGCAGAAGGUGGCUGGCGAACGCUAUGUAUACAAGUUUGUAUGUGAACCUGAAGCUCUCUUUUCCUUGGCUUUCCCUGACAAUCAGUUGCCGUCCUUGAAAUCUGAGUCUGGCUGCCAGAUUAAUGAAGAAUAUACUGUCCCAUUGUCACAUCUGGAUUAAGCAAGCCAGUACAUAUACAACAUGGGGGCUGUCUUUUACCUAAACCACAAAGGCAACACCAUUUUACUAGUACCUGCUGUUAGGACGGUGUAUAAACUGUUGUAUAACUGUGUAUAUAUUAUCAGUUCUUUUACUUUUUUUCAAGGGAGUAGUGCUCAAAUUAUAAGAUGGCUCUGAAAAAGAGCUGCAUUUGUAGUUUUUGCGAGGUAGUAUUUUUGACUAGAGUACAAUUCUUUAAAGUUGGUUUGUUUGAACAUUAACAAACCAUGUAAAUCUGAAUUGCCUUUAAGACUGAUUCAUGCUGGUUUAGUUAACAUUAAAUACAAUGCAUUACCUAGCUCUUUUAUGAAAAUAUGUUGUUGGCACUAACUGUAACCCAAAGGAAUUUGCAUUGGCAUGCUUCCAGAAAGGACAACAAUAAAUUGUGUCCUUUCUGUUAUGCUGGGCUGUCUGUGUAAACAAUAAAAUACACUAUGAUGACUGGUAUUGCUGGUAUUCAGAUGUUUCUGCAUGAAUUAAUACAGCAUUCAUACAGCAUUUAGAAAUAUGAUUCUUUUAGUGAUUUCGUGUUGAUAGCUACACUGUGCAUUUUUAUUUUGGCAAUAGUUUGAAGCUAGCAGUUCACAGAUUUUUUUUUAAAA